CCCAGGAAGAAGAGAUAUGUUGUAUUUUGUACACGAAAACUCUACACCAGAGCAACCAGUGCAAUUUCAGUACACUAAACAACAGCAAGAAAAGACGUGGAAAACCAAAAAGUACCGCCGAAUCUUGCAAGAUCUCAAAGCCCAGAAUCCUGAUGUCCCAAGCAGCAUCGUAUCCGUAGAAGAAUUUGGCCGCUUCCUUCAAGCCAGAUCUGAACAGUCUGCCGUUCUCAGUCGAUUCUAUGGACAUACCAUCACAAGCCAUGAUAAUGGAUACUCCCUCUUUAGCAAGGUCCGUCUUUCAGUGUGUUUCAACAAACAACGUGCCGAUCAAAAACUUAUUCAAGACUUACGCGCUAAGUUUCGAGAAGACGCUGUGCUUGUGAUGGAAAACUGGUCCGCCCCCAUGCUAUACAAGACCAGUAGGUACUGUCCAGCAUGCCACAACGAAAGCCUCCACACGUUCCGUCGUGUUCCAAAUCCACGACUGUAUCAACGAGAGCGAUAUUCUACGGCUGUCUGCCAUGAUAUUUUAAGAUGCACCAAUCUAUACUGUAGACUCGCCAUGGCAGCACCAGAUAGAUAUCGCUUAUGGAACAGGGAUGUUGCUGCUUGCCUCAACUACAUACACAUCCUUCGUGGGUUUCGACGUAAUGGCAUGGUUCCUCAUAGGUUUCGCCGGGUUGCUGUUGCUCCUACAAAACGUCGAAGAAGAGUGGACGAUCAGGAGCAACCAAGAACUAGAAUACGCUUAGACGAUGAUUCUCCGUCCUAG